AUCAACUGUCAUAUGCAAGCUGUGUUUAAUAAACGUUGAUUGUAUUGUCAUAACAUAUUAGCAAAUUGUACGUGUCUUUUCUGUUUAUUCGAUUAAAUAUUCUUAUCAAAAUUACAAAAUGUUAAAGUAUAUUAUAAUAUUGCUGGCUUUUUCUGCCUGCAGCAUAUUUGCCGAGUUCACAUCACAGGACUGCCGCGAACUCGGAUUUAACAAGGCACAAUUAAUGUGCUCAUCCUGUGAAAAACUAAAUGAUUUCGGUUUGGAUGCGAUAAAACCACAUUGCAAGGAGUGCUGCACGACCGAUAAACAGCCGGCUGUACAACGCCGCUGGCCUAAAGCCAUACUCGAAGUGUGUACAUGCAAAUUCCGUGCUUAUCCACAAAUUGAAGCAUUCAUAAAGAGUGGCAGACCGGCGAAAUAUUCGAAUUUACAAAUUAAAUACAUGCGUGGCCUUGAUCCGACAGUUAAGCUACUGGACGCUCGUGGUAAUGUGCAAGAAACGCUAUCCAUAACAAAAUGGAAUACAGACACCGUCGAUGAGUUCUUCGAUACACAUUUGGAGAAACCUGCUGGCAAAAAAAGCGGAAAGUCUGCAUAUAGCGUAGUGGAAGAGGAAGACAGUGAUUACCUUGAAACAAAUAGAAUUUAGUGACCAUUAGGAAUAUAGCAUAUUUAGCAAAAUUAUGCAAAUUCGUUUGUUUAUUAGCUAAGUUCAAUGUGUUUAUUUUAAUAGUUAAGUGAAUUUACAAACAUAACUACUUAUAUGUACUCAAGUCAACGUUCAAUAGUGGUAAUUUGCAUAAAUGAUUGCAAUUGCAGAUGUCAAUACAUUAUCAAACAAUUUGUUGUGUGAGUUUUUGUAAAUAUAAACGUUUUUAAUUAACGAUUUUCUUUAUAAAACUACCUCAA